AUAAAGUGGUAGGAAAAUAUAUUUGGCGGGUAAAAUGCCGGUUUUCUCUCUCCUCUAUUCUUCCUCAGUACGAUUCUCUUCUCUCUCCCUCAACUCUCAAGCACACACUGACACAGUUAUAGAAAGUGCACAUACUACCAGUGUGCGUGAAAGAGAAGAACCAGUUUCAAGGUUUUCAGUUUUAGGUCUAUCAUUUUCUCUCUCCUCUCAAAUAUCUUAGGGUUUUAAUGGCGAUUGUUGAAGACAAAAAUCCGGCGAUUCAAGAACCAAUGUACCAAACUCCAAGCCCUAAAAAGGUCGAAGAAGCUCUGAUUGUAUCUCAAGCGAGUUCUUGCCAUCCCAAAGACGAACCUUCGCCGUCGCCGAAGAAACCGUCAACACCUAAAGACGCCAUUGUUGCAGUCGCUUCUAGAGUCGCCGCUCAACCCCUACCUUGCUCCGAUCCCGAGGUUUGGGCUGUCCUCACUGCUAUUUCUAACAAUUCUCGUAAACGUUCGCAGGGAAUCAAUAUUCUAUUGACUGCUGCUGAGCAUUGCAUUGGACGAUUAGUAGAUGAUGUGCGUUUCCAGAUAGACUCAACUGCAGUAAGUCAACGCCAUUGUGCAAUUUCCAGGAAAAGAGUUUCCAAGGAAGAUGUCGAGAAUCCAUCCGGUUUCUGCAAUGGUGCCUUCCUAAAAGAUUCAAGCACUAAUGGGACUUAUCUGAAUUGGGAAAGACUGAAGCGUGGCAGCUCAAAGUUUGAAGCUAAGCUUCGUCAUGGUGAUAUCAUAUCAUUAGCAGCACCUCCUCAACAUGAACAAGCGUUUGCAUUUGUUUAUCGAGAAGUCCAAUCAUCUGAUGGUACUAUAUUGAAGAGAAAAGCAGAUGAAUUUGGUCCUGAAAACAAAAGACUGAAAGGAAUUGGUAUUGGUGCUCCUGAAGGCCCUGUUUCUCUUGAUGACUUUCGAAGCCUUCAGCAUUCAAAUACGGAAUUAAGGAAGCAGUUGGAAAAUCAUGUACUUACAAUUGAAGCAUUGCGUAAUGAAAGCCGUGAAGCUCUUGAGUAUCAUCAAAAUGAAAUGAAAGAGCUGAGAGAGUCGGUUUCAAAGUCUUACAAUGAUCAGUUGAAUGAGUUGAACGAGUCAUUGGAAGUUACAAAAAAGGAAAUGACUGAGAUCAACAAAAGUUCAGCUGAACAGAAGCAUGCUAUUGAAGAUCUUAACGAAAGGCUCUCGGCAGCUUUGCAGUCACGUACUGAUGCAGAUGAAAUAAUGAAAAGCCAGAAGGCAUCAAUAGCCGAACUCAAAACACGGUUAGAUGAAGAACGUGAUCAGAGAAGAGAAGAACGAGAAAAGGCUGCUGCAGAUCUAAAAGCUUCGAUCCAAAGGGUCCAGUCUGAGGCUGAAGAAGAAUUAAAACGAGUUUCAGAUGCUGCUUCAAGUCGAGAAAAAGAACACCAAGAAGUUAUUAGUAAACUUCAGGAAUCAGAAAGAGAGAAUUCAUUGUUGGUGGAGAAUCUUAGAUCAAAAUUGGAGGAAGCUAGACAGAAAUCGGUCUUCUCUGACAACAAAGUCCGCCAGCUUGAGGCUCAAAUAUCAGACGAACAGCAGUCCUCUGCUUUAACAAAAAAACAAGUGGAAGAACUUGAGAUUGAAACAAGAAGGAUGAGAAGAGAGCUUGACAAAGAAAAGCAGGCAGCUCGGGAAGAAGCAUGGGCCAAGGUCUCGGCACUUGAGCUAGAAAUAAAUGCUGCUAUGCGGGAUCUCGAAUUUGAGAGACGAAGGUUAAAAGGUGCUAGAGAAAGAAUCAUGCUGAGGGAAACUCAGUUGCGUGCAUUUUACUCCACAACAGAGGAGAUUAAAGGGUUAUUCACGAAGCAGCAGGAACAGUUAAAGGCAAUGCAGAAAGCUCUAGAAGAUGAGGAGAAUUAUGAUAAUGCUUCUCUUGAUGUUUGCCUUAAUGCAGCAAUGGAAAAUGUUGAUAGAAAUGCUGCAGGAAGGGAAGCUACAGGUUACAGAAGUAAUACUGUUGCUAAGGUGGGUCCCAGCACUUCUGCUAAGACGUUUGAACGAGGCGGAGGGGAUGAGACUUCCAGUGAAGAAGGCACCACAGAGAAGCAUGACUGUAAUAUUAGAAGCCGUGAUGAUGAGAACACUCAAGAAGCUGAAUUCCCCAAUGAUGAGGCCAUGGUCAAGGGUGGAUUUGGUUCUGAAAUUGAUGGUGCUGAAACAGCUCCGAUGUUUGAAGGUGAUGCUGAUGGAACUGAACGAGUUCUCGGAACUGAAAGCCCUGAUAUCAAUGGUGAAGGAAAGAUGGAUGUGAACAAAGCUGGUAAUUUAGCCGGGGACACUAUGCAGCUUGAGGAUGAUUCAAAUGUGCAAGAAACUGAGCAUCAAAUACCACCAUUUAGGAGGUCUGAAGACGGUCUUAAUCAAUCUCAGUUGAGUUGUAGAGAGGAAGCUGUGGAAGCUACUGGCGAUGCAGAACCUGGACGCCUCAUCACAACAGAAGAUCUUUUGGCAUCAGAAGUUGCUGGGAGCUGGGCUUGUGACACGGCACCUUCUGUUUAUGGAGACAAUGAAUCCCCUCGUGAUGAGGAGAGAGAAAAUCAUACGAGUAUGGAUGAUUCUAAUACUCAGGUGUCUGAGUCUCCAAUUACCCCCUCCGGUGCUGUUGCCACCAAAAUGCAUUCAGACCAUGAAAUUCAAGCAUUAAGUAAUAUGAUUGGAAUCAUGGCACCUGAUGUAAAGGAGCAGUUCGGGAGUUUUGCCUGUAAUAGAUCUCAAGAGAAAAAGGCCAUGGUCUCUGACUCAGAUACAGAUGAUGAAUGCAUUGAAGCUAGUAAAAGCAUGGGAGAUGCAGAUGAUGGGUCCGAUUCAGAUGACGAAACACAGGCUAAUGACCAAGCUGACAAGAAUAAGGAGAACGAGGAUGAAAUGGAUGUUGAUGAUGAUCCUACUGAUGAAGACUCCGUGGGUUAACUUAAACAGUCAUAUUUCCCCCCUUUUUUUCUUUUCGUUCGUCUUAAUUUAGUCUAUUGUUAUGCCAGUUAAUGCAAAUUGGCAGGGUUCAGGGAAGUAGUUGUGAAUAUUAUGUAUAAGCUGUAAAUGAUUUAGGGGAAGAGGUGUCUUUAGUUCCACUCUUAAAUGUUUAAGGUUAAAAUGGUUGAAUUUGUUUCUCAAUUUUUAAUUUUUUUUUGAGUCGAGUUAGUUCUUUAAUUUAUCUGAGCAAAAUGUUGGCAUCAAUACCUUAGAUCCGGGUAUUGAUUGUUGUAAUUUAGUUACGAUUAUUACUCUAGUUGACUCGAGUUGAGCGUGUAUUUAUAGGGGAUUGGUAUCAAUUUAAUCGGAAGUAACAGCUUUGAAGUUGCUCUUUGAAGCUGUAGCAUUUGGUUCAUUCAA